GCUAUCUUCAGUAUACCCAGCUGAAACUGAAAGAUCGCGAAUUCAUUCACGUCAGUCGAAGAAACAACCUACAAAAUAAUGGAUUUACUGGGAAGUAUUCUGAAUUCCAUGGAGAAACCUCCUUCAGUAGGAGAGAAAGAAAAGAAGUUAGCUCAAGAGAGGAAAAAGCAGAUGGAGAAGAUGAAGCAAGAGGACAGGAAGCGGAAGAACGAAUUCAGAGCAAAAGUGGAGAAAGAAGUGGACGCGUUUCUGAAUGACAGCACGAGGACCAGGCUCAAGUAUCCACCCAUGGAUAAGGUCUAUCGCAGCAUAAUACAUGAUGUUGCUGAAGUAGCUGGUAUGACUUCCUUCUCUUUCGGUGAGGCUGAGGUAGAUCGCUAUAUCAUGUUGUUCAAAAAGGAAAUCCCACCUACUGAUGAGGAACUUGAUGCAUACAGAAGAGGAGAAAAAUGGGACCCGGAGGAGGCCAGGUUCCUAGCAAAGAAAGUGGCAGAGGAAGCGGAGAAGGCAAGGCUAUUGGAAGAAGCGAGAGUACCAGCCAAGGUCGUACCCAAUUCAGAUUACAAGGCCAAGUACAAAGAUCUCAUAGGCGAGGAGAGUGCCAAAGAUGCCGCUCGCCAUCUCACGCCGAACAAGCAGUUUGGUUUCGUUCCGAGUGAUAAUAAACGGGAUAAGCGUUCUGUAGAGGAGACGUUGGACGCGAUACGAGCGAAGAAACAGAAGAAAUCCGAGAGCGGGAUCCACCAAGUCCCAGGGCAGACCGAUGCCGAGACCAGCAGUACAUCAAAACAAGAAGACACCCACCAAGUGGAAAGUUCUAGCCCGAGAGAAGGAGAAACAAGCAGUACGUCCAACGCUGAAGAUCCUUGAUGAUUGGUGCCAAAGGCCCGUAUUCUGAAGUCAGGUUUAGCUUAAAUUCAGAUUUAAACUUGUGGUUUAAAGGACAAGUCCACCCCAACAAAAAGUUGAUUUGAAUAAAAAAGAAAAAUCCAACAAGCAUAACACUGAAAAUUUCAUCAAAAUCGGAUGUAAAAUAAGAAAGUUUUAAAGUUUUGCAUAAUUUCACAAAACAGUUAUAUGCUCAUCCUGGUAAGGAUGCAAAUGAGGAGACUGAUGACGUCAUCCACUCACCAUUUCUUUUGUAUUUUAUUACAUGAAAUAGGGAAUAUUCUAUUUUUCGCCUCAUUGUCAAGUGAAACAACGAUUAAUUCCUCCCUGAACAUGUGGAAUGAGUAUUGAUUAAUAGUAUAUGAUUCAGUCAAGUUGGUCCUUAUUGUCAAAUAUAUAAAAAAUGAAAUAUUGUACAAUUCAAACAAUAAAAAAACAAAAUAAAUAGUGAGGGACAUCAUCGACUGUCUCAUUUGAGUUGUACAUAUCACUGUUUUGUGAAAAAUAAGCAAAACUUUAAGAAUGUCAUUACUUUCUAAUUUUACAUCCGAUUUUGAUGAAAUUUUCAGCAUUGUGCAAGUUUGAUUUUUCCCUAUUUAUUCAAAUCAACAUUUUGCUGAGGUGGACUUGACCUUUAAGUAUGGAUAGCCAAUUGCUACAUAAAUCACUAACAGUACAGACAUCAUAUUUCAGCUCAUUUGGCUCUCAAAUCAUUCUUAUUUGUCGAGGAAGUGUGAAUAGAUGAUUGCCUUCACCAUCGAUGAAUCAGGAAAGAGCACAGUAAACAUAAACAUACAAUGUAAUGAAAAUUUUGACUCUUUUGGCUUCCCAUAAUUUUAGCACAGAGUUAGACCGUGGUCUAAGUUAAACCUGACUUCAGAAUACAGGCCAAAGUGUUUAGAUAUUUAUUGUUUACGAUUAUGCUCAGAGUAAUUUUCCCGGCACAAGGGCAGGGUGCCCUUCAGAAUCACUCUGUCGGACAGUGUUGUUGAGUGUUGAGAUUUGACACGAUUGUUUUCAUCAGGAUCCGUCGUCUGUCGUUGUUUUGAUGAACCAAACUUUUCCCCUGCAAUAGGAUUUCUUUGCACAAAUUUCAUCUGCGGCUUAAUGCAGAGGGUUUCCAUCCCAGCUUUCCUGAUCCUUCAUUGUUUUUUCUCUGCAGAAAUUGAUUGAUUUAUAGUAAGGGAGAAGAUGCUGAGUGAUGAUUAUUCCCACUGAAAGCCGCAGCAAAACGAGGCACAGAUUUUUUUAAAGACCCCGAUUGGAGAGCAUCAAGCCUUACUUUAUAGGCUUCAUAUCUCAGUUCGUCCUCUAAUGUGCACAUUUUCUAUGGGAACAAGUUUUGCUCCAAAAAAAAAUUGGGGGGGGGGGGAAUCGUGAUCUGGGGGUUCUGACUCGUCUUUCAAACAGGGUCGUGGGUUUGAAUCCCAGCCAUGGUGUGUUUUCCUUUUCCUCUUUCUAGGUGAGGUGAAUGGGUACGUGGAAGGAUUAGUUCCUUUAUUGCAAUGUGAGUUGUGAGCGAAAGCAGAGAUAAUAAUAGUUGCAUUUUCUAUUCGCUAGAAAAAGUGCCAUAUAAAUUAUUAUCAUUACCAUGAUUAUCAUUGUUGAUAUAAAUAUUGUUUUUGCCACACAAAAAUUGUCAUAUUUUUAGGAUUAGUAAGUUCCUAUCUGUACCUCGCAGUACAAUCUUGUCAUUUUGUAAUCAUGUUAUCUAGAAUUAAACAAUCUUAUAUAAGACGUGUAAGAAAUAAGUAAUUACUUUGCACAGCUUUUAUAGAACACAAUGUCUGAAUCUCUCUCUGAAUAUUAUACAAAUAAUACAUGUCAGCAAAGGCAUUAGAAUGAAUUUCACCCCCGAGGUACCUUUGGAACAGUUCUAACAUGCCCGAGGUGCAGCUGAGGGUAAUAGACUUUGACCAAGACUCCAAAUGUAAGGAGUUACUUAUACUGUACUAAUGCCUUUGCAAAAAUUAUGUGUAUUGUUUUGUUUUAUAAGAUAGCAAUGUGAUUAUGUGAAUCAUUGUUCUUUGGUAAAUCAUUCUCAUCUCAAAUCGUAAAUGAAUACAGAAAAUCAUUUGAUUGGGUGAACUCAAUUCAGGCUGCUGCUUUCAAGUGUGUGGUCAAGCACGAACAGUUUUCGUUUGUUUCGUGUGAUAGAGUAGCUGUUAGUGUAUCUAUCGAUAUAAACAAACGUCUUGUUCAUAUUUAGCAACAUAAUUUUGACAGCUUUUUGAAAAUGAUGUAUCAUUUUUUAUGCACUGUAUAAUGUGUGAUAAGUGAUAAAAAGCAUGAUAAAUUAUCCAUCAGUUAAAAAUUCUAAAGAUUACAUCUUACCUACUACUCAUUUAAUUUGCUACAUCUUCUGGUCUUGGUAAUUUUUUAAAGCUUGACGUUAUGAAAACAAAUUUACUUUCAGAUUGAACUUUCCUGUAAGUGUAUCCAUGCAGUUUUGGGUUGAUCAUAUAUGAGAAAAAGAGUAUACAUAUAGACUUAUAACCUAUUUGCUUUUAAAAUUCAUUUUAGAAUUUACAAAUAUAUAAUGAUUGAGUUUAGCUUCCGCUGUUGUUAGUGGAGUGUUAAUAUCAUAUCAUGUACUUUGAUAUAUAAGUAUACAUGUACCAUUUCGCUCCAUGCCCUUUAAUUUUUGUCUCGCCUGCAUAGCAUAGCAAGACUAUUGGCGCCGCUUUUCUGACAGCGGCGGUUGAGGUUAAGUUUUUGAAAUGUUAUCAUAACUUAGAAAGUAUAUGGACCUAGUUCAUGAAACUUGGACAUAAGGUUAUUCAAGUAUUACUAAACAUCCUACCUGAGGUUUAGAUCACAUGACCAAGGUCAAUGAAGUUUGGCCACGUUGGGGGUAUUUGUUGAAAUGCCAUGGUAACUUUCAAAGUUUAUGGAUCUAGUUCAUGACAUGUGGAGGUAAGAGUAGUCAGGUCAGGGUAAUGUGGUCACUGAUCAUCUUGCUCAAGUCUUUGGUCACAUGAUCAAGGUCGAAUGUCAUAUAGCGUCAAUGAAUGAAGUAUUUCAUUAUCAUAUGAAUGGUGUUGAUUUUUGCCCAGAGCCCCCAUGUAAUUUUUUCCCUCAAAACAUUAUAUAUAUUCCUCACUUGUGGCUCUCAUUGUAAGGACAGGGAUAAAUAUCAGUUAGUGAUAUUUGUAGUUUAAGCUUGACACACUUGCUGUUUCACAGACUGAAAUGUAAUAUUUUCUUUUGUAUUCUAUUUUAAUGCCACAUUUGAAAUAGAGAUUAAUUAUUUGACCUCAAGUUCUCAGUUUCUAUGUCAUGCAAUGGCCUGUGGAGUGCAGAAUAAAAAUGCUCUUAUAAGGCAGAAGAAUUUA